AUGACGCCGGAUGCGCCAUAUCCAAAUAAGGAGACGCAACAUGUUCGUGGACUGCAGAAUACUUUCAGUGCAAGUUCGGAGCCACCGAAACGUUACAAACGUAGUCCCCCAGAUCCUACAGACGACACGUCUUUGGGUUUCCUUUCUUCCGUAUUGCAGGGAUAUCAAGAUCCUCCUCUUCAACCGUCAAUCUUUCCCCGAAUCUCCUCGCAGUCCGAACGUGAAGAUUAUCUUGGUGCUGACGGGCCUCGUGAUGCCGCACAUCAUCCCGUAAUAUCUAGAUUUUUGGAUGGCGAGAAUUAUACCAAUUGGACAGCUUCUGGGCCGCCACAGCAAGAAAUAUGGACCACCCGCUUCCGCCCCAGGCAAGCGGAUGAAGUUCUAGGGAAUGAACCGCGUGCGUUGUAUAUUCGAGAUUGGCUCAAAGCUCUCGAAAUUCGACUGCAUGCCACAAACCCCCCUGCCACGAAAAGUAGUAUAACUGGCACAGGCAGGCGGAAGGUCAAGCCGGACGCCCCCGAAAGGGCGCCCAAGCGGCCUCGUGUCAUUCGAGCUGUGGAUAGAAAGAGAGGCAGGAAACGACGGAGGCUGGAUUCCGAGGACGAGUCAGAUGUUUUUAUUGCUGGCAGCGACGACGAAGACGAUACCAUCCCGGAUCAGCCAGGGCAGGAAACCGAUGACGAUGAUUUUAAUUUUUGCCAGCGGACGCUUUCCCGUCUCCAGCGAAAGGACAAUUCGCUGUUAUUAGAGCGGCAUCCACCGACCUCAGACAUUGGUGUCGACACCAUCCCGGCCAAUCCAGAUUAUCAGUCCUCCGACGCUAAUUUUACCGAUAUUCUAACGAAUACACUUAUUAUAACUGGGCCUCCAGGGUGUGGGAAGAGCGCAGCAGUUUAUGCGUGUGCAGGCGAGCUGGGGUGGGAAGUUUUCGAGGUUUACCCUGGGAUUGGAAGACGCAGCGGCGCAAACCUCGAUAAUCUAGUUGGAGACGUGGGUAAAAAUCACCUCAUUCAACAGACGAGGCCAAAAUACCGGACGGCAGCUGCACAAUGUGAAUCAAGAGCAAGCGCUGCUCUUUCGACGCUCUUCCCUAAAGGAGGGAAAGUCAACCCCAAACCCUCGCCAACACACUCAGAUACCGAACAUCCUACCGUUGAUGAACUAGUUGGCUCAUUAAAAACAAAUGGAUUGGCGAAACCGUCUACUACUGCUCGGCAAUCACUCAUUCUCCUUGAAGAAGUCGAUAUAUUAUUCAAGGAAGACGCUGGUUUUUGGCCGGCAGUGAUAGACUUAAUCAAGGAGUGCCGCCGGCCCGUGAUCAUGACAUGCAAUGACAUUAAACUUGUCCCCGUCGCGGAUCUUCCUCUGCAAUCCGUUCUGAUGUUCCAACCUUGCCCUUCCGAGCCCGCUGUCACGUUUUUGCAAUGCCUUUGUGUAACACAGGGAUACGCUAUCCCAAGAGAUAAGUUAAUCGAGCUUUACGAAACCACGUACAUCGUGCAGAGUAUGGAUCUUCCAGACGCGCCGCUCAACCCCAGAACCGAACCACCACCACCACCGGAUCUCAGGCGAUCUAUUACUCAGCUGCAAUUGAUUUGUACUGACGCCACCCACGAAGCUAAGGUCCCUCAAGAAGCACAGGGGGCCGCUGAAAACUUUUCGUCACUCCCUAUGACAAUUUCCGCCCAAGGCAGUGCUGAUGUUUCUGAGACAUCGACGGAGGAGCUGUGGCGAUGGGCUUCCACUUACACGGAUUGUGUUUCGUAUACAGACAGCUAUCUCUGCAGGGCGCCAUUGGAUGGACAUGAGGCCCUGUCAUACAACUUAUCUGAAUCUUUGCUUGACGAUGAGUUGGGUCACGCCAUACUAAUCCGGCCAUCCCACGUCUCUGACACGAGAGAUGCACUUGCCUUCUAUCACAAUGACGAGCUCAUUGUGCAGGAUGCCAUCCACCUUUCACGUGGUAAACACGAGGUUUUGGGUGGUAUUCCGAUCACAACGUCGAUCAACCCCGCGGCUAGUGGUUCUAAUACUGACAUGGAAACCAGGCUCUUCCGAGCUCGCGUGGAGCAUCAAGCACAGAUGCUAACCGCAUUGCAGGACAUCGUUCAACCACCCGCACCUCUCAUGCCCCAGAGCAGCGUGUACCUUGAUUACAUACCGUGGGUGAGAUUUAUGGUUAAAGUGGAUGAUAUUCUUGAGCGAUUAGCGUGGGAUGAGAUGGAGAAGGUGAAGUCUGGGAGAUUAACGAGGAAUAGUAUGAAGGCGAGACAUAUACGGACUAUUGAUUUAAGAGAGGAUCAACAUCGGGCGUUGGUUGCUACUAGAAUCCAGGGGCUCGAGGAGGGCAUAAUGCCUGCAUCUACAACGACUGCUACGAUCAAGCAUGUCAAUCUUUAUUCUCAACCGAAGGAUACUGGCGGCGGCACCCCUGCACUGAAAGAUGUAUCCAGACAUUCCCCAGUCAUUUCUCUUCCCCCUCUCGAUUAUUUACAGCAGCAUCGCAGGGGCUCCAUCACAGAUCCAUCUCUACAUGCUGCUUCGGCGAAUUCGUCUACAGGUCCGCGUCAUAUAGAUGGUAUUGAUUUUGGUUCCCGUGCUAUCAUCCGAGUCCGACCACGUCCAGCUGCCAAUUACACUUUCGGUGAUGGCGGCGGCUCAACGCACAAGUCUGAGUCUUCAAGUAAACAAAUGCGCAAAAUAUUACGUUCCCCAUCGGUAGAAUGGGAGCCUGCAAAGGGUAUUGCACCUCUACAGACAUCACUUCCCCCAAACGGGGGAACCAAAACCACCGAUCACAUGAACGUGGACAGCAGUAAUGAGAAACAAUCGCCCAGAUUUAAUACACGACAAGCAGAAGACAGUGAUCACAGUUCACGAAGGCAAUCGAUUGCUAAUUCUUCGGAUUCCCAAAUGCCACAUGGAACGAAACGAAAGACGUCUACUUACAGGGAAUCAAACGCAAGUGACGACACAGAUUCGCAACUGGUAGGACCUGGGGUACCUAGUCCCAUGAACAUCGAUUCAGAAGGACGCGCACAAAAACGGCGAGGGUCGACCGUCGAGAUGAGUAGGAUAGCCCAGCUGAGCAUAUAUGACCAGAGGCGACAUUCAGUGCAUGCUGGAGCGAUAGCGUCAAGGGCGGGCCCAGGGAUCUCGGGAGGAAAUGGGCACUGGUGGUUGAAUGAGAGACGGGAUUCUCUACCUCCAUCGUUCCCAAACGGGACCACUAGUGGCUACCCCUCGGCAUUAUCCGGCGAUCAGCCACAUGGUCGACCUGCUGCACCCUCGACGCCAGGCAGCAUGGCGACUUUCGCGUGGUCUGCAGCACAACACCCGGACGGCUCGCAAGAUCCUAAUAUACAGCACCAUCCCCGUUCUUUCGAAACACAACCUAUGCAGAUGACCAUGAUGCCCCCGAUGACAUUUCCGCCAGACAGGCGGAUGUCGGUGCCAGAAAGUUCGACUUCUACAAUAGGCCCGACAAGAAAUAUCCGCUCACGGUCCCGACCUCCAUCACGUCAAUUACGCGAAAAUAGCCAGACUGUCACUACUGCUGUAGGGCCUGCGCCACCUGCGGAGGAGCCUACUUCGGCUCCUUCUCCGUCAUCUAGCCUGAAACCGCCGAAGGAGCCGGGAUCUACACCUUACUCUCGUUCACCCGAGCUGCGAGUUUCGCAUAAGCUUGCCGAACGAAAGCGACGGAAAGAAAUGAAAGACCUAUUUGAUGAGCUGCGGGACCAGCUACCCGCAGAUCGGGGCAUGAAGGCAAGUAAAUGGGAAAUACUUAGCAAAGCUAUCGACUUUGUUACCAAUUUAAAACAAAGUCACCAAGAUAUGGUUCGUGAGAUCGAGAUGCUGAGACACGAGCUGGAAAGCAUGAGACAAGGCAUACCAUCUUUUGGUCCAGGAGCACCACCCCACGCUAUGGUGUAUGGGCAGGGCGCACCAGUUCCAGGACCUUAUCCACCACCUCCAGGAGCGAUCUCCCAUCCUCCACACCCGCAUCAGCAACCGCCCCAUCCGCCUCAGCCACGACCGCCAUCGUCGGACAAUCCAUAUCCAGCAACAUCCACCACCCUUCCUCCAGCUCCAGCAGGAGCACCACCAGCAACCAAUGGUGUUGCGAGCAUACCAGCGAACAAGUCAGAGGUACAGCCGAUGUAG